AUGCCUUCCGAUGAUUAUGUUACUUACGCUGGCAAAGUGAACAAAGAAUGCGAAAGGUUCAAACCACAUGAAAUGACAUCAGACCAGUUCAAGUGUUUGAUUUUUAUUUGUGGGUUGAAGAACCCUGAAGAUACUGACAUCAGAACUCGACUUCUGUCACUCGUGGAACAAGACCCAAAAAUGACUUUACAAAUGGUGACAGCAGAAUGCCAACGCUUAAUCAACUUGAAGCACGAUACUGCUAUGUUGGAUUGCAAACGACAGUCGUCUGAAUUUGAUUCAGUUAACACAGUGAAAAGUCCUCCGAUCACCGUUAAGCACACAGCACGUCAGUCUCAGAAUUCAGCUAAACCUCCUUCAGUGUGCUGGCACUGUGGUUCGUGGCAUUUUGUCAAGUUCUGUCCUUUCAAGAAACAUAAAUGCCGUAAUUGUCACCGUUUUGGACAUAAAGAGGGUUACUGUACACCACAGAAAAAUUCUUCGGUGAAGAACAGAAGUCGUCAUUUCAAGCCGAAACAAUCUCCUCGAAUACAGACCGUUUUCACAACUUCCAAAGUCAAUUUCGCCAGCAAACGUAAGUACAUUACACUACGCAUUAACGGCAAAUCUAUUCGUCUUCAGUUGGAUACGGCAUCAGAUAUCACUUUAAUUUCCCGAACUACGUGGCGCAAACUUGGGUGCCCACAGAUUCUGCCGACCAAGCAUGUCGCUAAGAAUGCCUCUGGAGAUCUAUUGAAACUCGUGGGUGAGAUAAAUUGCCAGGUUCAGUUUGGUGAGCAACAGUUCAAUGGUGUAUGUUAUGUCACAAACUACCAUGAUUUGAAUUUGCUUGGUCUUGACUGGUUAGACAAGCUCCAUUUCUUCAAUGUACCAUUAAAUUCAGUAUGCUCUAAUGUUUCGUCCUCACCAAAUAAUGUUGUUCCCGCACAUGUAUCUGAUCAGUCUCUCUUGCAACGCCUACGUCAAAAGCACGCCUCUGUUUUCCAGGACAAACUUGGUUGCUGCAAAUUUACCAAAGUACUUAUGCAAAACCGAAGGGGGAGGGAACAACAGAAGAAAUUUUGCACAGAUUCUCACUGCAUUAUCGUACGACGCCAAAUCCUCCCGCAGCCGGAAGCCCGGGACGCAGAUCACAAUCUAUCCAGUACGCGAAAGUCAACUCGACAAAGAAGAGCUCCAAAACCUUUUCAAAUAGAUCCAAAAUGCAAGUCCUACACUUUUAACGGGGGGAGGUGA